AUGACGAACUUUACUGAGGAGGAUCUGGAUCAUUAUUUACUGAAUCAGGUGGAUCUCCGACACCGGCAGGUCUCUAAAUCCGUAGAGGAGGUGCAAAAAAUAAUUAAAGACCUAACUGCUGAGAUCAGCUCAAAGGAUAGUCGCUUCCAUUCCAUUGCCCACACAGGAGUUCACAAUAACAGCUUCAAAGAUCAGCCUGCUCUAGCAUCAAAAUGGGCUGCACUACUUCAGGGAAGGGGUACUUUCAAUCCAGCUAUUCAGGUGCUGACUCCCACUCUCUUCCUGAUUUCUGUGCCAGUACGAGGUCUUGCAGGUUAUAAGGAGAGACGAGCACGUCAGUGGCGGUAUUACACACUGAGUGGUUCACAGCUUCUUUCACCUGUCAGAGAACCAGAGAAGCUGCACCAGUGGCUGGAACUGGAAAGCUUUACUAACCCCAUUCAGGAGUGGCAUGAUGAGUGUGUGGCCAUCGAAGGCGAUCUUGUUCCCUCCAAAGUAGUCAAUGUCUUUAAGGAGCAGGUAGAGGCAGCUAUUAAGACCUGUGGGCUGACAGAGAAAUUGAGCAUGCAGGAGUCACUUGGUUCAGUGGUACGGGUAGCAGUGGAGACAUCAGAAGUACAGAUAGAAGUGGAACUGGUGCCCACAGUGGAGGUAAUGAACUGCUGGCCCAAGAGAGCCCGCUGGCCUCGUUUACUUCAGAGGUGGCCUUCCACAGAGUGCACUCGCUGUAUUAAGUCUUUUGGUUUCAACCUCAUGGCUACUUCUAAUUACCACUGGCUGCUGUCAUUUUCACGGGCAGAGCAGGUGCUGUUGGCUGGUAUAGAUGAGGAUGGUGGCUGUCGGAGGAAGUGUUAUAGGGUUGUGCGACAGCUGAAGGAGGACGUUUGGUGCCCGGGGAGCAAACCUGUCAUCACCACCCACCAUUUACAAACUCUGCUGUUUUGGACGUGCGAGAAGUAUCCGAGCACCAGGGAUUGGUGCAACAUACGAGAGUGUGUGCUGCGUCUGGUGCAGAAGCUGCAUAAAUGUGUGUCGCAACGCUACCUCAGACACUACUUUGUGUGCACCUACAACCUCCUGAAGUACACCAACACAAACGAGCUAGAUGAUAUGGCCAAGAAGAUCUCAGAGUUCCUCAACAAUCCAAGCACCUACAUUAAUUAGGAGCUCUUUUUACUUGCUGAUCUUACAUUGUUUUAUUUGUGUCAUGUGUAAUUAAUAUAUUGGCACAUAAUAGAAAUACAUAGAUAUGCAGUGAUGAUUAUU